AUGGUUAAGCCAGCUUGCGGAAGACCUGUGACGACGAAUACCGGUCAAAUCAUGGAAAACAUCGAGCUAGACCGGCAUGUGACAUCUCGUGACAUCGCCGAGAAGAUAGGAGUUAGUCACCAAACAAUUUUAAACCAUCUGAAGAAGGCUGGAUACAAAAAAAAACUGGAUGCUUGGGUGCCGCAUGAUUUGACGCUAAAAAAACUGGUGGACAUAAUCAACGCCUGCGAUAUGCCGCUGAAACGGAAUGAACUCGACCCAGUUUUGAAGCCGAUGGUGACUGGCGACGAAAAAUGGAUCACAUACGACAAUAUCAAGCGAAAACGACGUGGUUGA